CCGAGGUUGCCCUAGCCUCUAUCCACGGGAUUGCGCCCAGCCGCCGUACGCCGCCGAACCGCCUAACGCCAUCCGGACGAUCCGGACCCUUGGCUCGAGUAUCGGCUGGACCUUUCCCCAUAGCCUUCCACCGAUUAUACCUUCACGCCCUAGGGCCCGUUAAAUCCGCGCUGACGUUGGACCGGCUGGGCCUUGUGUGAUUGUCGAUUGCCGGAUUGAUCGCCGUUUUCACGCUACUCAACGGAUUCUUGUUUUAGUAGUCAUGUCCGCGGAGGAGGAUGAGAAUUUGUCGGACGCGUCUCUCAUUGAAGAGGAGGAUGAGGGCGCUGGCGGCGAGUUGGACCACGCUCCCCCCGACGGACCCGAGGGACCCAUCAUCGAUCAAGUCAUGGAUGAAGACGAAGCUGCCAUGGAUGUGCCCGGAACGGAAGCCGAGACCCGCCCCACGCCUCGACGGGCGCCUGCCCCGGUCCCCGUGUUACGCCCUUCAAUCGAUGAAGAAAAUGGUAGCUCCGCCUCGUCCACCAUUGAAUUACCGGGCGAUCCCAUUACGGCCUCGGCGCCGGACACGGAAACGCCCUCGUCGGCCAACGAAGAGGAACCGCUCGAGAUCGACGAUACGGUCGACGAUUUGGAGAUUGACGAGAGCGUAGAUCACGCUGAUCCCUGGCCUCACAGUGAUCCCGAUCAGCCCGAAUUUACGGGUUUCACGCCCGUCGUGGUCAAUCAGGCCAGCCAAAGGCAAGUCGAGUUUCACGCUUUCUUACGGCGGGAGUUUCCCAAACCUGCCAAAAGAUCCAUGGAGUCGACCGAGGUCACGGACAUGACCUUGCCCCCUCCGCCCCCUCCCCCUUCGGCGGCCGUACUCUUGCCCCCGCCGCCCAAAUUGAUGAAGAAACCCAGCCAUGGGCCCGCAAUUCAUGUUCCGGGGGUGGGGCGAGAAACUUCGGGGCGGGUCUGGAAGCCCGCGCCCAGUUUGUUUAAGCCGCUGGAGUUAGGCUGGAAACGGGAGGUGAUUUACAAACAACGACCCGAUGGAUCGUACGACGUGAACCGCGAGCCGGAAAUUAUCUACCACGCCCCGUUUCAAGCGGGUGUUGAACCGGUGGCAUUUCGACAGUUCAGCGAUAUGGCCGCCUUUCUCCAAGAUCAUCCGCAGUUAAAUUAUCAGAACUUUUCGUUCCGCCAAGAACCCAUCCAAGCGCCCAUUAACCAAGAGAUCGUGCGGGGUCAAAAUGAACCAGCUACCAUCCACCCCGGCCUCAAAUUCAUACCCCCGCCUUUGAUCCGCACCAAACCGGAGAUUGCUCCGCCCACCUCGUCGCCCCUCCACAAUUUUCCGGCCGGAUUACUGCCACCAUCGACCACUCUGAAACGGAAAUCCUCGUCCACCCCGGUCGUUCCAUCAACGUUGCCGGGCAAUCCAUCCAUGACCAUCACCCCAAUUUCCGGGGGGGUGAGUCGCCCCGGCAGUUUUCAUAUUCCCUCGUCGUGGGCCUCGGGUACCAUACCCCAUCAGAAGAAAGUGCUCCGACCCAAACACUCGACCAUGGUCACGUGCAACAUCCACUGUCCCGGAGUGACCGAACGGGUGCCCUCGCUCUCGUGCGUGUCAUGUCACAGCAUGUUUCAUCCGCCGUGUGUGGGUCUGCUCGAAGGGUUGGAUUACGAAUCCACGUGUGACUUCUAUUGCACCUCAUGCCAGCCGCCACCCGGGAAGGAGAACUCGGUGCCCAGUCCUUGGCCAAGGACCACAAUGUCCCCGGCCACCAACCAUCCGACGACUCCGCGACGACCCUCGGUGGCCGAAAACACCAGACCCGAACGUCCCGUCCCUCAAUUAGUACCUCUGAACAAGCCGGCUACUCUACCGAAUGUGAAUGGGACUUUGGAGCCCAAUAAGAACGAGGUCAAACCCCUCAGGCCCCUUGAGGCUCAAUCCAUUAUCAAUAUCGCUGGUAUCAAGUAUUUAGCCGUGCCUCAUCCCAAUAAGACGCGUGUAGCAGCCGCCAAGCAAAAACGAGCCGUCUUGGUUCAAAACCAAAUGUCCAAGUUGGGAUCUGGGGACAGAUCGUGUCUCCCGAAUGAGUUGCUUCCGAUCUUGCUGAAACCUACCAAGGAUGCCCCCAAAGCGAUGCCCAUUUUCGAGGUGGAAGAAACGCUCGAAGGGAAACUCCUGCUUUUGCCUACCACUGGGCCACUGAAACCUGGCGAGAAUCCAUUUCAACAAUCCCCAACCUCCAAGGAUUCUUCCGGAGCCGAGAACCAACCACGGGCAGCCGAUCAAGUAUUUUCAAAGGACGUCAGUGCCAUGUACUUUGCCAUGGUUAAUGUGUUCAAGUAUCUGGGUACAUCCGAGCGGCUCAACGCCACCAAAGUAUGCAAACUUUGGAAUGAGUUGCUGAAGCAACAAUCGCUCUGGAAAACAGUCUCUCUUAAGGGAAUCUACGUCACCAAUUGGGCGACUUUUGCGGACUUCUUGUUCAAAGUCCAGCCCAAUCGUCUUGAUUUCCGCCGAAUGGCGGUCCCAAGUUCGGAAGAGCCUCAGAUAUGGCAAAAUGUCUUGGGUAUUGUCUGUGGAUUGCGUUCAUUGACCAACAUCGAGUUCCUUCGCAUUUCCAACCAGGCAUUGUGUCAGAUCACAUCGGCAUGUCCCAAUCUGAAAUCUGUAGUGGCUGCGAAUAUCGUUCCAAGUGAUCUGGAUCUCGCCAACAUGAAUCCCAAGAGUAGAAUUCACGAACUCAAGCUUCGCUCUAGUGCGGGCAAAUUGACUUUCCCCACGGGCUACGAGCACUUCUCUAAAUUUGGAUCAGAUCUGAGUGUGUUGUCGUUAUUAAACACUAGUAUCACACCCGGAGAUGUGGUCCAUAUUGCCAGUUUGACGAACUUGACUCAUUUGGAGUUGGGGGAUUGCACCAAGUUUGGAGACUCGCCUUCAGCCUUGUUCCAAUCUUUGGGUGCCCUGAAGCAGUUAAAGAGCCUCCGAUUGGAAAAGAGUGUGUUGGGGAUCCAUUUGGGCGAAUUGAGAUGGAACACGAAUUUGGAAAACCUGGAACUCAUCAAUGUUCAACUCAAAGAAGGCUUUGGCGAUGGAUUAGUUCGUUUGCAGUCAUUGAAGAAGCUACUUCUGAUUCCUAUUUACAAAGAUGAGGUGGCCUCGAUCAACUCGGAGAUCUUGGAUUCGGCCCUUUCCAUGUCGCAGUUGACCCACUUCUAUCUUGGUCUGACCACGGAGUGGCUCAAUUCCAUGAAGACCCUCAUGGAUAGUAGUUCACAGAAAGAUAGCUUCCCCAUUCUGGUGAAAGGUGUGUGCGAGAUGUACUCCCUGUCCAAGCUGUUCAAGGCUUUGCAAACCGCUCUCCCCAAUUCGACUGUCAAGGUACUCAAGAUGAAGCAGCAGUCCACCACCAAGCAAUUUAUUGAUGGUUUCAAAUGAACAAGUUGUCCGAAUAUAAUAUAUCAAACUCCUUCAUGA